AUGUCGACCCUGGGUGUUGCACUCAUUACUGGAGCUGGACGUGGCCUUGGACGUGCUAUUGCCCUCCGCCUCGCACGAGACGGUUACGAUCUUGCCCUCAACGAUCUCCACGCAAGUCAAGGGCUAGUUGAGAGCCUUGCAGCAGAAGUAAAGAACCGCGGGCGCAAGUGCACCAUUGUACCAGCCGACGUAAAGUCUGAGGCAGAAGUCCAAGGAAUGAUCAAACGAACUGUUAAGGACCUAGGAAGUCUCGAUGUGAUGAUCGCGAACGCGGGUAUUGUCCUAAUGAAGCCUCUCUUAGAGGUUGAAGCCGAGGACUGGGACGAAGUCCAGGCCGUGAACGGCAGAGGGACGUUCCUGUGCUACAAGUACGCAGCGAAACAAAUGGUGGACCAAGGUCGUGGGGGUCGUAUCAUUGGGGCGUCGUCACUAGCCGGAAAGCAGGGCUGGUCGCAUUUGUCUGCGUACUCAUCCAGCAAGUUCACGAUCCGUGGAUUGACCCAGGCGGCAGCGGUCGAGUUAGCGAAGCACGAUAUCACGGUCAAUGCAUACUCACCUGGCAUGAUUGACACAAGGAUGAAGCAAAUCCUGGGAGACGCCUCAGGAGACCCAGAGGGGUUCUUUAAGGGAUACACCGAUCAUGUACCCCUUCGCAGGUUUGGGACCUCGGACGAGGUUGCAGGAUUAGUCUCAUACUUGGUAUCAAAGGAAGCCUCGUAUAUCACAGGGCAAAGCAUCUCUAUCAACGGCGGGAUAUAUUGCGAUUAA